UAAGCAAGAGCGAGGGCGGGUCUCACAGCAGAAGCCGAAGCCGAAGCCGAAGCACAAGCAGAAGCAGGAGCAGGAGCAGAAGCAGAGGCAGAAGCAGAGGCGGGAGCCGAAGCCGAAGCUGGAGCCCGAACAGGAGGUCAAGCUGGAGCCCAUGCAGGAUGAGGGGGGAGGGCGGGGCCCGGAGCAGGAGCAGGGGCAGGUGCAAGGACAGGAGCAGGGGCAAGAGCAAGAGCAGGAGCAGGGGCAAGAACAAGAGCAGGGGCAAGAGCAGGGCCAGGAGCAAGAGCAGGGGCAGGAGCAGGGGCAGGAGCAGGAGCAGGAGCGAGGGCGGGGCUCGGAGCAGAAGCUAAAGCUGAAGCACAAAAAGAAGCAGAAGCAUAAGCAGAAGCAGGAGCAGGAGCAGGAGCAGGAGCAAGGGCGGAUCUCGGAGCAGAAGCGGGAACGGGAGCAGGAGCGAGGGCGGGUCUCCGAGCAAGAGCCGAAGCGAGGGCGAGUCUCCAAGCAGAAGCGAGGGCGAGUCUCGAAGUUGGAGCAGGAGCUGGAGCGAGGGCGGGGCUCGGGGCAGGAGCAGGAGCAGGAGCUGGAGCGAGGGCGGGGCUCGGAGCAGGAGCAGGAGGGAGGGCGGGGUGAGUCGGGGCAGGAGCAGGAGCGAGGGCGGGGUUCGGGGCAGGAGCAGAGGCGGGGCGUGCGGAGGAGAAUUCUCUGGCGAGUGCAGCGGCGGCGGCGGCGUCGGCGUCGGAGGCGCAGCGCGACCAGGACCCCGGACCCCCUGCCCUGGGCCGAGGUUGGUAUCGUUCCGUCCUGGGUGAACCGAAUGCUGACAGCUAGCGCGAUGGCUAGCAGGCAGGAGGAGGAGGAGGAGGAGGGGCCGUCGACAUCGGGGUCCCAGCAGGACCCGGUCCCGGGGCCAGCGCCCAAAGGGACGCCUUGGAAGCGGAAGAGGAAGCCCCUGCCGACUCCGCCGACUCCCGAACCUAAGGUGGAAUCCGUGCAGGUGACCAACCGCAGCGUGGUGGCCUGGCGCAGCAAGGCCGAGUGGGAGCAGGUCAUGGUCUACCUCUUCUGCUCGGACCCGGAGCUGCAGCGCCACGCGCUCAAUCGAGUGUCCGCCUGGAAGGGCAGAUGCAGCAACAACCUUCCCCUGGCUGUGGCCUGCACAACAGAUCUCGUGCUUUGUAAACUUCUGGAUGGGACCUCCUCCUUGGGGACCCAGGAGCUCGUGCUCCUCUAUGGGAUGGCCUUGGUCAGGUUUGUAAAUCUUAUCACUGAGCCGAAGCAGAAGAUCAUCAACAUUCCUUUGCGCCGCCUGGCCCACGAGAUGCACAUCCCAGAAUGGGUUGUGAACCUUCGCCACAGUCUGACUCACAGAAAUCUCCCAAGACUGACUACCUGCAGAAGAGGUGACAUUUUCCCCUUUGGAAGAAGUGGAGCUGGGCUUGGGGGCUGUGAAUUUGUCCUGGAGUGGCUCCGUCGGACCUAUUGGUGCCGUCAGCUGGGGAAUGACUUGGGUGAGCCCUGGGAUUCCGGAGUGUCUAUCCGGGAGAUAGAGAUGGCAAAGUCCGAAGAUGGAGAGCGGGUGGUGGAGCUCGAACAAGAAGAAGAAGAAGAGGAGGAGGAGGAGGAGGAAGAGGAGGAGGAGGAGGAGGAGCUUUCCCAGGAGUCACUAUUUUCCAUAGAGGCUCGCAGACAGAAGAACCUGCAUGAAAAAAUCCGGAAACUUCUGGUGUCCUAUGGAGAACAACAAUUUAAGGUGCUCCGGCGCUCCAGGCAGCUGCCCAAAUCUAUGAAAUUGUGGACCAAAUCCACCCGCGAGGUGGAACGUUUGGUGGGCCGCCUGAAGAAGCUAGCCAAGGAGAACCGAAGUUAUAUGGUGGACACCCUGCUUGAUGAAGGCUUCCUCAUUCCUACUAUUGAGCAGCUGGAAGCUCUGAAGAUUCAGCCAAUAGAAGUCGUGAAUCUGGUGAGCCUUCUGAUGCCACGCUGCUUCUCCAGCUUCUGGCAGCCCCUCCUCAAGGGCUUGCAGUCCCAAACAUUCAUGCAGACACUGCUGGAGAAGAUGCUCAGAGCUCUGCCAGUUUGUGGCGAAACGGGGAUCCGUCCGGCCUAUCUCAUCUGCUGGAUCAAUGAGCUUGUGGUGAUCUACACCUCCCCUGGGCCCUGCCAGAAGCGCCUCACCUUUGGCCAGAGGUCAGUUCGGAAGAGCUGGAAACUGGGACCCCGCAAAUUCACCUAUAAUUGGUCCCAGUUGCUUGAUGUCUGCCUGGAUGCCACCUGCUGGGCCACUCCCCACCUCGUUCAACUGGUCCUCAAGGCCAUGGAGCCCCAGUUGCCCCUGGAAUCACAGCAGAACCUGCUGUGUCUCUGCACCAUCUACACCCAGGGUGGGAAUCCUGCUAGUACCAUGAAGCCCUACGAAGGGGACGACCCCCACAACAGGCCCGUCUACACCCUGGAAAACCUUAAGUGGCAAAUAAAACGCAAUUACAUGAGGGAGAAAAAGAAGAAUCGCAAACCUGGAGAAGAGGACGAAGACGAUGAGGAUGAUGAGGAGGAACCACAAGAAAUCGAGUCGGAAGAUUCCUCUGAACCUGAAGUGAUGGAGGUGGAUCCAGAACCAGAGAAGGAGGUUCUGCUGAAGGAAACUCCCGAGAUGCUGGCAGAAAAGCAGGCCGGCUUGGAGGGCUCCCCUUGGCAGCUGUGUUUAGAUGACAUAAACUGGAGCGACUUUCCCCUGGGCAAGGUUCCAGGCCAGACCGACGACCCAGAUGAACUGAUGUUGGACAACUACACCCUGAUAUCUGUCAUGGAUCAGCCUAUGAUCCAGGGUCUGGAUGAUGAGGCUCAUUCGUCCACAUUUGGCAGCAUGGGAAUAAAUGCAGAGUCGGCAGAUGGUGGGAGUAAUCCAAGUUUGGGGUUUGGCACGACAUCAGAGGUGGGACAAGAAACACCCCUUUCCACCAUGCCGGUUCUCCAGUCAGAGGCCAGAGAGGAGAUACACACUUCCGUCGCGAACCAGUUUCCUGACCUUGGGGAAUGGGGAGAAAACACCAUUUCAUCAAACCAGGUUUCCUGCUUCACAGUGGAUGAUGAUUCCGAUGAUUCCGAUGUCAUCAUUGAGUGCCACAUUCCUGCUCCUCCUAGAGUAGAGGGAAGUGACCCGUCUAACCGUGUCCCAGUGAUUGUGAACCCCCAGAUACCAACCACCCGUCCUCGCUAUCCAUUGUGUCCUCCCACAUUUGUCUUCCCUCCAGUACAAUCCGACUCCUCUGACGACUCACUCUAAAAUUGUCCGGCUUUACAGAGCCCUCUGUGCUCUCCGUAAUGCCUGUUUGCUAAGCAGCAAACUUGUUUUUGUCUUUGAGCUUUUCCUUUUGUACCCCAUCCAUCUCCUGCCUCCCUCCCAACAACACAGCCUUCCUGGCACUAGAUGCACUUUCAUUUCCCAAUUCACUGGUUGAGGCAGGGGAGUUGGGAUAUUCCUUGUUCCCUGUGGCCACUUCCAGAUUCAUUCUCUACCUCCAUCAUUCAGUAAUUCCUCUCCUGAAUUUCACUCAAUCCCUAUUUACCACCCAGUCAAAAUUCUGGUAGCUAUUGUCUACCCCCCAGACCACUCCUUCACAGAUGAGUUUCUCUCCUCCCUGACUCCUACCUUCAGAUUAGAGGACCUCGACAUACACAGUUACUCCUUCAAACACCCUAAGCUCCCAGUUUUUCAACUUGGUCAUUCCCCCCCCCCCCCCCCCCCCCCCCCCCCCCCCCCCGCCACUUCAUCCCACCUCAGUUACAUACAUAGAGAUGGCCAUUCCCUUGUUCUUGGCAUCAGCCACAAAUGCACCACUUCCAUGAUUAUGAGCUCUGAUAUUCCCUUGUUGGUUCAUAAUCUGUUGCCAUUCCAUCUUUUCCUCUUGUCUAGUAACGCCACAUCCUGUUCUUCAUUCUGUGACUUCUAAUCUCCUAACCCCUCAAUUCUUUUCCAGGCCAUCACCUCCAUACUCACUACAUUUCUCCCUUCCCCAUCUUAACCCUUUGGUGAACCAAUUCAACUGCCCUUUUAGCUUGAGUCUCGAAUCUUGACCCACAAAGCCUCAGCCUUGAAUCACUCCUACCAUCUGCUGCCUUCACUCCUGCACAAGUGCUACCGAACAAAGGUGGAGAAAAUUGUGCUGACGGGGUCCACUAUAAAUGACUCAAUUGGGCUUUCACCACUGCUAGACAAUCCUCUUACAGCUCCUUAAGGUAUUUACUCUCCCACUCUCCACUACAGCCCUUCCAGAUCUUUUCCUCCCACCUCCAACCUUCCAUGGCUCCCUCUCCCCACCACUCACCUGAGAGUUUUGCCUCAUAUUUUAUUGGAAAAUGAGGCCAUUUGCAGUGAUCUCCCUCUUAUUCCCUCUUAUCUCCUAUCACUCAGAUGCCUUCUGCCACUAUAUUCUACUUCAUACAUUCUUUACAUCAUGAGGUGGCCCCAAUCUUUGCCAAAGCAAAGCCUUGUAUGUGCCCAAGCCAUCCCAUCCCAUCCCAUCCCAUCCCAUCCCAUCCCAUCUCCUUUGUCAUCCACACUGUUCCUAAUCUCCAGUCUCCCUGUCCACUGGCUCUUUCCCUACUACCUACAAACAUGCCCAUGUCUUUCUCAUCCUCAAAAAACUCAUUUGAUCUGAUCCAUCCAUCCUUACUAGCUCUCAUCCCCUACCUCUCCCUUUUGUGGCCAAACUCCCUGAGAAGGCUGUCUAUAACAGGUGCCUCCACUCCUUUCCUCUCGCUUCUUAACUCUUUACAGUCUGACUUCUGACCUCAUCAUUCAACCAAAACUGCUCUCUCCAAAGUUACCAGUGAUCUCUUAACUACCCAAUCCAAUGGCCUUUUCUCGGUCCUCAUUUUUCUUGCCCUCUCUGUAGUAUUUGACACUUCAUCACCAUUGUCUCUUUGAUAUUCUCUUCUCUCCAGGUUUUCAGGAUACCAUUUUCUCCUGGGUCUCUUCUAUACCACCAUUCCUUCCGUUUCCUUUGCCGGAUUCUCAUCCAUGGUACUUAAGCCUCCUCACUGUGGGUGUCUCCCCAAGCUCUGUUAUGUCCCAUUCUACAAUUUUGCUGUAGGGGAUCGCCUAAUGGCUUCCAUGAAUGGCUCCCAUGGAUUUAAGUAGCAUUUCUAUGCUGAUGAUGCUCAAAUCUUUUCCAGCUUAAAUUUUGCUGACUUCUGGUCUCCCAACUCCAAAUGCCUAUUGGGCAUUUGGAACUGGAUUUCCCACAGACAUCUUAAACUCAACAUGUCCCAAACUGAACUCACUUAUCUUCCCUCCACCCCAACUCUCCCCUCUUCCUAACUCCCAUUACUGUUGAGGGCACCAUUAUCCUCCCAGUGCCAACCCUCGUGUCAUUCUUCAACCUUAACCCUCUCACUUCUCUAUACCCAAUCUGUUAUCAUGGCCUCUCUAUUUUACCCUUGUCUUCUCUCCUGUAUAGCCCCACUCCUUUUAGCCUCUGACACUGCCACUCCCCUGUUAAAGACCCUUAUCCCCUCGCACCUGGCCUUUUACAGUAGCUAGCUAAUUGAUCCUGCCCCUGUGCCCCCUACUCCCAGCUGUCAAAGUGAUUUUCUUAAAGUGUAGUUUUGGUCCCCUCUAAGCUGUCAAAGUGAUUUUCUUAAAGUGUACUUUUGGUCCCCUCUAAGCUGUCAAAGUGAUUUUCUUAAAGUGUACAUUGGUCCCCUCUAAGCUGUUAAAGUGAUUUUCUUAAAGUGUACUUUUGGUCCCCUCUAAGCUGUUAAAGUGAUUUUCUUAAAGUGUACUUUUGGUCCCCUCUAGGCUGUCAAAGUGAUUUUCUUAAAGUGUACUUUUGGCCCCCUCUAGGCUGUCAAAGUGAUUUUCUUAAAGUGUACUUUUGGUCCUCUCUAGGCUGUCAAAGUGAUUUUCUUAAAGUGUACUUUUGGUUCCCUCUAAGCUGUCAAAGUGAUUUUCUUAAACUGUACUUUGGUCCCCUCUAAGCUGUCAAAGUGAUUUUCUUAAAGUGUACUUUUGGUCCCCUCUAAGCUGUUAAAGUGAUUUUCUUAAACUGUACUUUGGUCCCCUCCUAAGCUGUCAAAGUGAUUUUCUUAAACUGUACUUUGGUCCCCUCUAAGCUGUCAAAGUGAUUUUCUUAAAGUGUACUUUUGGUCCCCUCUAAGCUGUCAAAGUGAUUUUCUUGAAAUGUAUGUCUGACCAUGUCACCCCUUCCCUACUUCAAUUCCUGGGGUUCCCUAUUGCCUCCAGGAUCAGAUAUCAAAUCCUCUGUUUGUUGUUGAAAGCCCUUUGCGACCUGCCUGCUCCAUCCCAACUCAAUAUGAAUCCCCCCCUCUAUAUUUCCCAAUCCCCCUUAAUUCGGGUACUUUCCCUUUGUUAAUUAUCUGUUUCUCUUGUAUAUAGCUUGUUGGUUUAUGAUUGUUUGUAUGUUGUGUCCUUUAUUAGAUUGUGAGCCCCUUGAGGGGGCAGGAUUACUCUUUGUAUCCUGUAUGCUCAAUACAGUUUCUAGCACAUAGUGGGCGCUUAAUAAAUGCAUAUUGACUGACUGA